GAUAUUUUAAACCACAAUCACAAACAUGCUUCAUCGACCUACACUUAUGCCUCCAUCAAUGAAAUCAUCUACAAAAUUCAACCUAUCCACAAAUUUACAACAUCCAUCCCAAUCAAUAAAAAUUGAAAGUCCAGAAUUCGAUCGUAAUCCUGACUGUGAUGGAGAUGAAACAAAUUUUGUUGAACCUAGAAAUCGAGAUAAAAUUUCUAUCAAACAGGAAGAUACAACAUUUGAAGACGUAUUAACCAAAAGACAGGAAUAUCAUACCGAAGAAGUUGAUCAUAAUAGGAAUGAUACAAACAUGAAUUCAACCGAAUCCCACAUACCAGUGUCGAUUACUAAAGUGGACGAGCCGACUAGAAACGGAACUCCUAUCACUGUAAGCAUCGAUUCGGCGAAAACCAUCGACAUCUUACCUCUGAAUAAUGCCAUUCAAACUCUUUUAACAAGUACACCACAUGUUCCCACCAUACAGAAUGUCUCGAUUCAACCUAUACUACCAGGUAAAGUGAGCGGUUCGGGAAGUGUACAGAACUCGAGUGUUGUUCCCAGUGUAUUGCCUACACUGUGGCUCCAUUCUCCUGUUGUGAAUCCGACGGCUAUUAGUGUGCCGAAUUUGAAUAACCUAACAGAUUUGACGAAUAAUAUUGUGCAGAAUACUACGAAUGCACUCAAUCCACUUGUGGCUGCUGUACUUGUCAACUGUGCUACAGUGAACAUGAUCAGUCAAUUAGCAGGAUCUAUGUGUAGUCCGAUCAUGAACAGUCUGAUUGAUGCGAAUGUUAGUGUUGGUAAUGUGAACAGUAAUAAUAGUAAUAAUAAUAAUGUAAUCCAGAGUGGAAUCAGUAGCAGAAGCAGCAGUGGUAGUGGUGUGACCACUGUAACAAUCCCUACAGCGUCAAUACUUCCUAAUUUAUUAUCUGCGAUCCCUUUGUCUACGCAUGUACCUGGACUAACAGUGAACACAACCAAUGCAGGUAUAUUUAGUUCAGCGAAUAAUGCGUGUGAUGUUGGUGUUAAUAGUGCAGUAGUAUCGUCUACUGGAACUCUCAUUACGAAUACUAGUAAUAAUACUGGAAGUAUGAUUGUGAUACCAUCGAAAGUGGAGAAUGUCCCUACAACUUCAUUGUCAUCCAGUGUGAAUUUCAGUCAAGUUGGAAGAAAUAAUGUAAUGUAUAAUACCGAAAUAUCCGAUGUAAAUGUUUCGUUGAAUAAAAUUGUUAAGAAUAAUGAAAAUAAUAACAGCAGUGAAAAUAAUGUGGCAGUUGCAAAAACUCAGUUAUCCGGGGAACAUCCAGAUUUCAGAGUUCUGUUUACUACUAAGCUUGUCAGUGAAUCUGGUAGACAUUACUGUCCAUAUCCAGGUUGUGAUAGUUCUUAUACUAGACAAUAUCGAUUAAAUCAACAUAUAUCAACACAUCUUGGCACUGGUCCAAUACCUUGUGAUGCACCAAAUUGUAAUGCGAAGUAUUUUUCACAGGAGGAUUUAAAAAGACAUAAAUUAUCUCGACAUUCGAAAGUGGAUAAAAGUCCUCGUCAUCGACAUGCAUGCACAUAUUCUGGAUGUAGUAAAGUCUUUUGGAAAUUAGACAAACUCAAGGAACAUUUGAGUACGCACACGGAUGAAAGACCAUAUGUUUGUUGUAAACCUGGUUGUGGUGCUACAUUUGUUCAAUUAUCUGAGGUAAAAUCUCAUGAAUUAACACACGAAAAUGUACCCAGACAACUGGAUAAUUAUCCUGUCACUAUGGUUAAUGAUGUAAUUAAAACUAACCUUGGUACUUCUAUUCCAGCAUCGGAUAUUGAGGUUAAUUCAAAAAUAACUACUACUUUACCAGAUAUCUUACCUAAAUCGGCAGAACCAAAAGAAACAAGGAACGAGAAAUCAAUAGUACCAACAAUUCGAAGAAAACGAACUCUCCCAGUCCUUGCACCGAAAUCAACUGUAUCUCUUCCUAUAUGUCCGAUUAUUCAAUAUAUGUGUACAUACCCUUUAUGUGGUAAAGUCUAUUCACAGUUUAGGAAUUUCAAGAAACAUUUAAAAUCACACACAGGUGAAAGACUAUAUGUUUGUCGAGGACUUGGUUGUGACGCUUCAUUCUCUCGAUUAUCUGGCGUUCGAUCUCAUGAAUUAUCACAUCUAUUUCCACACAAACUUUCCGGAAGCUUGGAACAAUUUCCUACUACUAUAUCUAAUGAUAAAAUCGGAACAAGUUUUGAUUCUUCUGAUCAAAGAUUGAAUAUUCAAGGUAAUUCAGAAAUUUCUACUACUUUGUCAUCUAUGUUACCAAAACUAACAGAACCAAUGGAAAUAAUAAAUGAAAUAUCCAUAACACCAACUAUUCCACUGAAAUUAUCUAUUCCUACCAUAAAUAUGGAUUCAGGUUUGAAAUUAUUUAAUGUUUGUCCAUUUAAAGAAUGUGGUAAAACAUUUCUGAGACGCAGUAAACUACGUGAACAUAUAUGUCGACAUACCGGUGUACGACCUUUUGUCUGUGAUCGCUGUAAGGCAUCAUUUGUUCGAAGAUGUGAAUUACGUCGUCACACUAAUAUUCAUCUUCGUGGUGCACAACCAAGAAGUUUGUCACGUUUUCUUCCAACUCCACAACAACAACAACCAAACCAAACACUUCAAUCUAUUGUCUCAAGCAGUCAAACGUAUACUAGUACCGGGUCUGUUACUACUACUACUACUAAUACUACUACUGUCACUACUACUAGCACUAAUAAUAAUAAUAUUGAUGUUUACACUACUCCCAUUGUUACUUCGACAGCUUCUACAACCAAAGAUAUCACAAAUCCUACAAAUUCCAUCAUUUCUAUCGUUCCUGUUCCUUCUCCUAUCCGGACACUGAUCACUACCAAAGUUGAAGAUCAACCAGCAGUACCAGUGAAAAUGGAAGAAAUUACUGACAAAUCAAUAAUAACGAAGAAACCAUGUGAUACUACUACUACUACUGAUACCACUGAUAAUAAUACUAAUAAUAAUAAUAAUCAGAGUUCCACUCACACAUUGCUCUACACACUUCUUCAGAGUAGUCGUGAAACAUCACAAUUUCCAUGAAAAAUGGCCAAUAUCUGGGGGGAUUUUGGCAGAAUUCUUCCAAAGUUUCCAUAGAAUGUUUGAUAGUAGUUGAUUUUGUGCACUUGUAGGAACAGACCAAAUGUACAUUAAACAAUUUGAACUGGAAAAAAAAAUGUGAUAUAAUAAUUCUGAUAUAUUUUUUAUUUCCCAAAAUGAUGAUGCAUAUUCUCUGAACAAAAUAUUCUUGAAUAUGAUGUAAAUGCUCACUUUUCAAACUGAAAUCACCACGCAUCUCUCCUUCUCUACUUUAUAUAUGAAGAAAAAUGUUCUCUCUCCUUAUUUGAUAAUUUUUUUAAGAAAAA